UGAGAGGGAGGGCCGGCCUUUUCAAUGCAUGGCAUGUAGGCAGCCAGAGAUGGUUGCAAACAAUGCCCUAUUUACAAGCCUCUCUGUGUAUGUUUUUGUACCUUUCCUCUGCAUGAGAAAUCCAGGGGAAUGUUUUGCCCUUUCGUUGGCGGGGCCCACGUUCUGGCGAAACACAAAUAUCGCACCUUUUCAAAAAAAAGGAAAAGAAAAUUAAUGAGAGGCUUCCUCCAGUUUCCUCGGCUUUGGCUUUUGGCAAGUCAGCCGGUCCCUCUGGGAUGCCUGCCUCUGCCCAUUUCAACACCCUCAGCCUAGGCCCCUUCCAGCGCAAAGGCGAUUUAGAGCCUUCACCCCGCCCUGCCUGCAGCUGUCCACAAUCGCUAAACUAAGCCACCGUCUGCUGGCGAGGGUGGAGUAUCCGUCCGGGCCGGCCUGCCUGCAGCUCCUCAAGAUGUCUGGCUAUAUAGAGCCGAAGCCUGGAGACCUGAUAGAGAUUUCCCGUGUGGGCUACCAGCACUGGGCCAUCUACGUGGGUUCCGGUUUCGUGAUCCACCUGGCUCCCUCAGAUGACUUAUACCAGGCCAGCACCUCCAGCCUGAUGUCUGCCCUGUCCGAAAAAGCCGUGGUGAAGAAGGAACUCCUGUGGAGCGUCGUCGGGGACGACGUCUGCCGCAUCAACAACAAAUACGAUCAGAAAUACGAGCCGCUCCCGGCGAACAAAAUCGUGCAGGAGGCGGAGGCGCUCCUGGGCAAAGAAAUCCGCUACAGCUUGGCCAGCGAGAACUGCGAACAUUUUGUCACCAGGCUGCGCUACGGCACGGCUAUGAGCGACCAGGUGAGAGACACCUUGGUUGCUGGCACAGUAGGGCUCUUCGGCGUAGGCCUUGUGGCCAUUGCGGCGACAGUGGUCAGCAGUUUAUUCCUGCCCAGAAAGCACAGAGAGGAAUAAAUGGCUGCGCACUCCUCCACCGAUCCCCGUGGCGGGGAAUGCUCUCCUGUUAGAAGCUUAGCCUCUUUCCUAGUCUGUUUCAUAUUCUGAAAUCAGUGCAGUUCAGGAGACGACGCUUUCGUUUUUAAACGCAAGAUUCUGCUCAGUGAAGGUUAAACAUGUUGACUUUGUGCUGUUAUACUGGGGAUGUUUUCAAGGGCGUCUUAUAGAAACCUCACGGUUUCAGUGCCAAGGGGUUUUUGGGGGGUGGGGGGUGGAGUGAGAGGUUGGGGGGUGUCCUGACGCCACAUGCCAGUGUCUUCCUCACUGCUGUCACCCACUCUUGCUGUGGGCCCAAUCUGCAUGGAUUCCCAGAGGAAGAGCACAUAUCAUGUGGGGAGUGUGGGAAGUGUUCCCUGAAGGAGUAGAGAUGCUUAACUCUGUAUGUAAUAUUAUCCCAGAAAUCAAGUGUGAACGUUUAUAAGGACCUGAACCAUAGGGUUGUAGCCAAUGGUAGCCCUACUCAGAGCUGGCCCAUUUAAGUUAAUAGGCAUGCCUAAGCAAGCUUAAGGGACGCUAGUGGCGCUGUGGUCUAAACCACCGAGCCUCUUGGGCUUGCUGAUCAGAAGGUCAGCAGUUUGAAUCCCUGCGACGGGGUGAGCUUCCGUUGC